AGCUCCGUCCCCACCGCAGAGGUGUGAAGGGGCGUAAAGCCAGCGAAGGGAGAACUCGGGUCGGGUAACCCCCAGGCCUGGCCAGGCGGACGCAGGGGCAUCUCGGGCGAAGCGCGCCUUGCGUCACGUGGGCACCGCCCCUGCAGUGACCGGAGAAUGGCCUGUUCCUAGGGCUCUGCUGCCGUCGUGGAAGCAGGAUUUCCGCGGUUGUGUAACGGCCUGUCGCAGGCGUGCAGGGGCCUGGGCUCCGCCUCGUCCCCGGGGCUCGGGCAGCCGAGACAUGGCGGGGAACUGUGGGGCCCGCGGCGCGCUGUUGGCGCACACGCUACUGUUCGACCUGCCGCCCGCGCUGCUCGGGGAACUCUGCGCGGUUCUGGACAGCUGCGACGGCGCGCUGGGCUGGCGCGGCCUGGCAGAGAGACUUUCAAGCAGCUGGCUGGAUGUUCGUCAUAUUGAAAAGUAUGUAGACCAAGGUAAAAGUGGAACAAGAGAAUUACUUUGGUCCUGGGCACAGAAAAACAAGACCAUCGGUGACCUUUUACAGGUCCUCCAGGAGAUGGGGCAUCGUCGAGCUAUUCAUUUAAUUACAAACUAUGGAGCAGUGUUGAGUCCUUCAGAGAAGAGUUAUCAGGAAGGUGGAUUUCCAAACAUAUUAUUCAAGGAAACAGCCAAUAUCACAGUGGAUAAUGUUCUUAUUCCUGAACAUAAUGAAAAAGGAGUACUGCUUAAAUCUUCCAUCAGCUUUCAAAACAUCAUAGAAGGAACUAGAAAUUUCCACAAAGACUUCCUAAUUGGAGAAGGAGAGAUUUUUGAGGUAUACAGAGUGGAGAUUCAAAACCUAACAUAUGCUGUCAAAUUAUUUAAACAGGAGAAAAAAAUGCAGUGUAAGAAGCAUUGGAAGAGGUUUUUAUCUGAGCUUGAAGUUUUACUACUGUUUCGUCACCCAAACAUACUAGAGUUGGCUGCAUAUUUUACAGAGACUGAGAAGUUCUGUCUGGUUUAUCCAUACAUGAGAAAUGGAACACUUUUUGACAGAUUGCAGUGUGUAGGUGACACGGCCCCACUCCCUUGGCACAUUCGAAUCAGUAUAUUAAUAGGAAUAUCCAAAGCCAUUCACUACCUGCACAACGUUCAACCAUGCUCGGUCAUCUGUGGCAGUAUAUCAAGUGCAAACAUCCUUUUGGAUGAUCAGUUUCAACCCAAACUAACUGAUUUUGCCAUGGCACACUUCCGGUCCCACCUAGAACAUCAGAGUUGUACCAUAAAUAUGACCAGCAGCAGCAGUAAACAUCUGUGGUACAUGCCAGAAGAGUACAUCAGACAGGGGAAACUUUCCAUUAAAACAGACGUCUACAGCUUUGGAAUUGUAAUAAUGGAAGUUCUAACAGGAUGUAGAGUAGUGUUAGAUGAUCCAAAACAUAUCCAGCUGCGGGAUCUCCUUAGAGAAUUGAUGGAGAAAAGAGGCCUGGAUUCAUGUCUCUCAUUUCUAGAUAAGAAAGUGCCUCCCUGCCCUCGGAAUUUCUCCGCCAAGCUCUUCUGUUUGGCAGGCCGGUGUGCUGCAACGCGGGCAAAGUUAAGACCAUCAAUGGAUGAAGUUCUAAAUACUCUUGAAAGUACUCAAGCCAGCUUGUAUUUUGCUGAAGAUCCUCCCGCAUCACUAAAGUCCUUCAGGUGUCCUUCUCCUCUAUUCCUGGAGAAUGUACCAAGUAUUCCAGUGGAAGAUGAUGAAAGCCAGAAUAACAAUUUACUGCCUUCUGAUGAAGGCCUGAGGAUAGACAGAAUGACUCAGAAAACUCCUUUUGAAUGCAGCCAGUCUGAGGUUAUGUUUCUGAGCUUGGACAAAAAGGCAGAGAGCAAGAGAAAUGAGGAAGCUUGCAACAUGCCCAGUUCUUCCUGUGAAGAAAGUUGGUUCCCAAAGUAUAUAGUUCCAUCCCAGGACUUAAGGCCCUAUAAGGUAAAUAUGGAUCCUUCUUCAGAAGCUCCAGGCCAUUCUUGCAGGAUCAGGCCAGUGGAUAGCAGCUGUUCCUCCAAAUUUUCCUGGGAUGAAUAUAAACAGUACAAAAAAGAAUGAAUUCCACCAGAAGAUAAAGAAAAAAGCAAAUAUUGCGUAGGCACCUGAGCACAGAUAUGACCUUGGGAAGACAUUGGCUCCAUAAGCAAUGCCAGGAGAAUGAUCAAUAGUGAGUUUGGGUGAUGCAGAUAAACAAUCUGGACAAUUCCAUUCCUUUUUUCCAAAACCCUCAAACAGAGUGCCUUAAAAAAUUGUUUUAUCAGGAUAAUUGUCUCAUGACCAAAUCCACGCUCAAUUAGAGCCAUUCAAAAUGCCUUAAGAUCAGGGGUUCUGACUUCAGCCAAACAAAACAAUCAAAACCUACCAAAAAGGGACUGGAUUCUAAUGUCAUCUCCAUCAUCCUCAGUGUGAGUCCUCAGAGCCUCCAUCUGCCGAGAACAUUCAGCUGGAUUCCAUAGUUUGGUUUAGCUUGCUUGCAAGGCUUGUAGGAGAUGUCUAAUUUGUAAAUGUUAAUAGAUACCUUUGGAAAGAAUCACCUUGUUAUUCUGAUUGGCCCCUCUUGUUUUCCAGUUAAUCCCUGACUAGCCUGCUUGUCUGAAAAUGAGCCAGGUUCACCCUUGGCUACAGCAUGCUCUGUGUUGAAAGGGGAUUUCUUUCCAAGAUCUAUCCUAAACUCUUAGGACAGUUUAUCCUGUAUUGACUAUUAUUACAGCUUUUUAAAAACAGACUUAGUGACCUGUUAUAUCCUAAGGAGACUAUAUGAAAUGUCCAUCAAGUAAUUUUUAUUCCUGAGAAAAUGGCUGGUCAAGGGCCUAGGUCAGCUUUUUGUUUAAUCUACACCUUUCAACUCUGGACCUUCACUCCUGCUAUUUCUUGGAUGUCCCUCUUUUGAAAUCCUACCAAUCAUCAGAGCUCUACAAAACUGCCAUCCUCCUGGAAGCCUCCCUAAUCUCUACAACCAGAAGUACUCCCCUUAUCAGUAUUUCCACAGCAAUUUCUUUGUAUUUCUAUUUUAUAUUUAUCACUUUCUGAAUUAUAUCAAAGCUGCUUGUCUCAUCUCUUUUACUAGGUUGUAAACUCCCUAUAUUAGUUUUCUAUUGUUUUUGUAACACAUUAUCACAAAUUUAGUUACUUAAAGUAACAUUAAUUAUUUUGCAGUUCUGGAGGUCAGAAUUCCUUAGCAUUCUUUCUGGAGGCUGUCAGGGAGAACUCACUGCCUUGCCUUUUCCAGUUUCUAGAGGCCACCUGCCUUCUUUGGCUCAUGGCCUCUUCCUCCAUCUUCAAAGCCAGCAAUGUGACAUUUCAGAUCUCCCUCUGUCUCUCUGUCUCACCGCAUCUUCACUACCUUCUUCCUCUCAUUCUGGCCCUUCUGCAUAUCUUUUAUAAAGACCUUUGUGAUUUCACUGGGCCCACUCAGAUAAGCCAGGAAAAUCUCUGUGUCUCAGAUCCUUAAUUUAAUUACACCUGCAAAGUCCGUUUUCUCGUGUAAAGUAACAUAUUCACAGGUUUCUGGAAUUGAGACAUGGACAUCUUUGGGGGGCCAUUACUGUGUCUGCCAUAUGCCCGAGUGUGUGAGGGCCAUCUCUUCAGAGCCUAACGUGUCAUCCUACACAGAGCAGGUGUUUCCUUAUAAAUUAAGUUGAAUUAAAUUACCCCUAUGAACCCACAUAAUCAAUAAUUCAGCUAUAAUAAACAUUGCUGAGUAAAUUAACAAAGGGAGGAUAAUGACUCUUUAUGGUGAUGGAUAGAAACACUGAAGAAAACCAUUUUCAGAGGAUUUACUGAAUCUUCCUCUCCAAGGAGCUUGUAAUAGAAGGGUAAAUCUCUAGUUUCUUGUCCAGCAGAGGAAUAGGCUCAUGUCUUUUAUUUUUUUGGUGAGUCAGUAUGGUUGGGUUAAUCGUACUCACAUUAGAUUCCAUGUUGAAGAACAACUAAUAAAAGAAGAAAGUCAUCAGGAAUCAGGGUGAGAUUAACAGACCAAGGUCAGAAACAUGGAGUUACAAUUCUCCAAAAAAGCACGAAGUGAGAUUAAAACCACAGUAAGUCUCAGUCUGAUUGACAGGCUUUAUACAGGCCCUCAGUAAGCAGUUGGGAGAACCCAUGCCCACCACUGCUCUGUAGGGUACCUGGCUGCUCAGAGCUCUCUGCCCCAUCUGAUCACCACACAUAUGAAAGGGUUGGACUAAACUUCAUAUAACUUUUAUUCCUGUGACCUGUGCUAGUUUGGCAAUUCUUGAUUACACAUGUUAAUGAAAGGAGGCAGCAAAAGUCUUUGACAUUUGGUUUACAUAUUGCAAACCAUUCUGAGGCCGAUUUAGCUAAUUUUAGAGUUGUAAUCUGUGAUUAUAUUGGCUGGAUUGGGAAAUUUAGCCUGGAAUCAUGUGAAGUUGCCACUAAUAAUUCACAAAAGAGAUCAUCAAGAAUUGACUCUGUGUUAAAAUGUUUUUCACUUAGAAUAUGGACCCCCACCAAUACAUUCAGUGAAGGGUCAUUAAGGAAGCUCUGAUUAACAACAGGCCCAUGCAAUUACUCAGCACAUAUAAUCUGUUGGUAUUAUGUUGAUUUGAACUUGCUCAGCCGUCUUAAAGCAGGAUUUCUCAAACUGUAGUGUGCAUCAGAAUGACUUGGAAAGCUGGUUAAAAACACGGAUUGCUGGGUCCACCCAGCUUCUGAUGCAAUAGGUCUGGGGUUAGAAAUUUUGCUUUCUAAUGAGUUCCCAGGUGAUGCUGAUGCAAAUGAUGUGAAGCCUACUCUUCACAUCAGUGAAAGCCACUGCCUUAAGGUGCUCUUAAAUUGUUAUAGAUUGGUAGAUCCUACCUUUCCAUCACUGGUAUAUUUUUUGAAAAAAGGAUCCUUUCUUUUCAUUCUAUUAUAUUCAUCCUAUUACAUAGGAUGUUGGUUAGCACAGAGUGGGAGCUCUAGAAAGAUUGUUGACCAAUGGUCUUAUUGACUAGAUCAUCUUUCUAGAGUAUGACUAUUUUGCACCCCUCAGAGAUGAAGUCAGAUAAGCUGGCAGUGACCUGAUUAACUUUGUGAUAAGCAGAUGCCACUGUGGCUGGGAAGUACCAAAUCUUCUGUUGAAUGAUUCAGUCCUCCUGACUAGAUUUGCCUUCUAUUGGGUGUAUUAAUAAGCGUUAGUUGAUAAGAAUUAAAUGUUGCACCUUUCUAUGGGUAAUAAGAGGAUACCUUUAUGGUUUCAUGAUGUGGAGACCACGAUACAUAAGAAAGCAAGAAUGAGUUUCCGGGUGUUCCUUCUGAUCAGCAAAUAUGAAUUCAUAAUUUCACUUACUCUCAUUUUUAUAAUGCACUGUGAGCAAUCCUCCAGGCAGAUCCUAUUCACUAAGCUUCUUCAGGCUUUUGUCCCAUUUUAUAAUGCCCAAACACAUGGAGAAAACAUUUUGUUGUUUUUGAAAACAGGUAUGGGAUUUCUGACAUAAUCAAUUUUAUUGACUUCUUGAGAGUUGUAAUGAUCUGUGACUCACUGCAUAAUAUUGUAGUUUUAUAGGGUGGCACAUCACCCUGUGUAAAACAACUUUUGUGACCUGAGGACUGAUGAGUACAGGAAGUGAAGUUUAUCAUGAGUAGCGUUUAUUAAGCAUCUGCUAGAAUCAAAGCACUGCAUUAGCUACUAGGGUAUGAAGUAAGACACAAACAGUUUAGUAAGGAAGACAGGGCAUCUACCCAAGUCAACAGUUCAGUGACAUCUGUUAUUUGAACCACACACCAAUGGAACCGAAGUAAAUGCUGAAAGGGUGAGAAGAAGGAAUAGAUAACUAUGCAUUUUUGAGAGAGUGAAGAAGGCUUCUUGGGGAAGGUUUCUGAAAAGAGAUAAGGAAUUAAGAGAAAUAGAAAAGAGCACUGACAAAGCACUCAGGAUGGUUAUUCAAGGAAUUGGGGAUCCACAGCAGCUGUGCACAACCAUCCUUGAUGCCAGAAAAAUGGGGUAAGAGUGAAGGGAACUGGGUCUAGAGCUUUGCAUGUUUUCUUCUGGUUAACCCUCAGAGUCACCCUGAAGGUGUGGAUCCCAUCUUAUAGGUGAGGCCACUGAGUCAGGAAACUAACUUGCUGAAAUCAAGUCCUCCCAGUCCUCCCAUCAGGUCCUCUCAGGUCUGGAGGAGCCAGGAUUUGAACUCACAUUUGUCUGACUUCAAAAUCCUUGCUUUUUCUUGUGUUCCACAUUGCACAAUGGAGCCACUGCCAGUUCAAGCUCCUAUGAAAAGGGAUGGAUGUGAAAAGUCAUUUGUUGAUUCCACAGAUUUUUAGUAGGUACCAUGUCUCCUGCCUUUUUCACUAUCCUACUUCUCUGCUACUACUUAUCUGCUACAGGCACCCACCUCUGCAGUUACUUGAUAUGAGUUAAAUGAAUCCAUCCAUCCAAACUUCCAUUCAUUGAAUAAAUACUUAUCAAUGGCUUCCUUUGUAUUAGGCACUAUUCUAGGAGCUGGGGCUACAGUGCAGAUGGAAACCAGCAAAGCUCACUGCCCUCAUGGAGCUUACCUGUGAGUGAAUAAAUCUCAGGGGGUUCUCCUGUCAUAGGUCCUGGCUCCUCUGCCAGCUCUUCCAAAUGGGUUCAGAGAGGUUUUCUCCUUGUGCUGUUGUGUAACGGAUAAUCCCAUGGUGGCCCUCACUUUGCUGUUGUAUGCACUAAGUAGUUUAUGGUGUGCUUUGUGGCUGGCAAUUGUGACAGAUUCUAUUCUUCUAUUGGUAUGUGGUUUCUUUGGGGCAUUUGUUUGGAUACUGAUGGCAUCUUCUGGAGGUCUGAGGCACCUACACAAACCUCAGGUCACUAUCACGUGAUACUGGAAUUGCCUGUUAAAUUAUAUGUCUUCUUCCACAAAACUGCAGGUUCCCUGAGGGCAAGGUCUAUGUCCUGCUCAUUUUUGGAUCCCUAAUGGCUGGCACAGUACCUGGUGCAUAAUAUGGUUCAACAAAUAUUUGUAAAAUGAAUGAAUCAAAUAGUUCUUCAAAACAUCUUCAGAAUCAAGAUUGUCAUCUAGAUUGCACCCAAAGUUUAUCUUUCUAGUAUUCAGAAUAUAAUCAAUCAUUGCUUAAAUUAUUCCAUUUCACCAUUCUUGAAUAAAAACUAUUAAUUUUAAAUACUAAUAUCUGAGAUAUCUUUGAAAGAAGGUUAGUCAUUGUAUGUGUUACUUAUAAAUUUUCUCUAUGGUGGAAAAUAUUCCCAAACCAUGUCUAAGCAAUGAUAAACCAGUGUUCUGGCAGGGAAUAAACUGAUGUUUGUUGUGUUUUAUAUCUGUCUUCCUGUUCCAAAUCAUGUAUAUAUACUUGAUGGUCUGUGGGCUUGACUUGCAAGUAUUUUCCUGGGAGGCAUUUUAUUCCAAAGACCUGUAUUGCCUGCUAAACCUUCAUUUAAGAGACUCAUUAUGGAUGUCAUCUCCAUCAUUACAAACUUUUCUGGUCAUCCGUAUAUGUAAAUAGCAAGAUAAUAUUUACAGAGUUUUACAUUGGCUCUUGAAUUUUAAAAUAUUCUCAUAGACAAACAUUAAUUGGAAUGGGGAGUAAGGAGGUAGGAAUUGCUUACUUGCGGAACUGCAGGCUCAUUGUUGUGUCUAGUAGGUGCUAGGUGCAUUCACACAUCUCUUAAGCUUUAAACAACCUAUUGAGCCAGUUUCCGUUUCCUUGAUCUAUUAGAUCAGAGAAAAUGAGGCUUAAAGGAGUUGGCUCUUGCCCUAAGUCACACUACUGAUAGAAUGAGAAUACAAACCAAAAACACUUUAUUCAAGUCCAGAAAAUAUCUGCCUUGAAAAAGAAUAACUUAAAAAUUAAAAGUAUCCCCAAUUUGAACAUGAAAACAGCUAAUAGAGAUGUGUUAUUUUAUUUUAUUAUUAUUAAUUUUGUCCUCCCAUAUUGGCAAAGAUUAAAGCAAUUGACAAAAAUGGCAUUCUUGUUCACUACUGGCAGGAGUGAAAAUUGGUAGAACCUUUCCAGAAGGCAAUUUGGCAACAUGUAUCAAAAACCUAAAUGUUGAUACACCUUUACCCAGCAGUUUGUUUAGGAAUUUAUCCUAAUGAAUAAAAGUUGUCCAAGUCUUUAAACGUGAGCCAUAAAGUAUACUUCAUGAUGUCUAUGAUAUUAAAACAUUGGAAACAACUGAAAUAUCUUUCAGUAGAAGAUGGAUUAAAUAAAUUCCAUGCAGUUGUCAUUUAAAAAUAUUUAGAUGUAUGUUUAUUGCUAUGGAUAUAUGUUCCCAAAAUAUUAUUGAAUCAAAAAGCAGGCUACAGAAUAUACGUUUAAUAUGAGCUCAUUUAUAACAUUGAAUAUUUUAAGAUAAUACAUGUUUCAUAGAGAGAUCUUCACCAAAUGUUAAGGAUGGUUUUUUCUGGGCUGUGGUAUUUGGGUGAUCUUUACAUUCUUCAGACUCUUAUGUAUUUGAAACUUUUAUAAUGAAUAUAUAUCAUUUUUAUUAGAAAAGAAUAAAGUUUUUGGAAAAAAAAAA